AUGCCUUCCACUCCAACCCAAUCCUCAGCCAGCCCACUUUCUCUGAAAGUCAUCGGCCACAAUGCGGGAACGUCGAUGGAUGGCGUCGACCUCGUUCAUGUCCACUUCACCCAGGACAGUCCGACAAUGCCGUUAAAGAUGCAGCUCCUGCACUAUGGGGAGUACCCGAUGCCUAAAAUGCUCAAGGCAAGGGUCAUGGGGCUCAUUAAGGAGAACACCACGACACCCGAGGAAAUGGCCAUAGUCAACAUCCAGCUGGGUGAGGUCAUUAGGGAUGCCGUCCAUUGGUUCGCCGAAAGGAACGAGUUCAGCCUGGCGACGGACGUCGACUUGAUCGGUGGUCAGGGCCAGACGAUCUGGCACCUACCGCUGCCGGAGCUCUUUGAGGGCAACCAAAUCCGUGCCCAUCUCGACAUGGCUGAGAUUGCCAUCAUAGCCGCCGGCACUGGCGUCACCUCGCUGGGCAACUUUCGCGUGUCAGACAUGGCUCUCGGCCGGCAAGGCUGCCCGCUCUUCGCGGCGCUCGACUCGCUCCUCUUAAGCCACCCAACACUCAACCGUGCUGUGCAAAACAUCGGGGGUAUCGCAAACUUCUCGAUCUUACCCCGAGGCGACGUCGAAGGGUGUUACGACUUCGAUACGGGCCCUGGCAAUAUCUUUAUCGACGCGGCCGUGCGGUACUUCACUGACGGUCAACAGGAAUAUGACAAGGAUGGCGCCAUGGGCAAGCUUGGCAAGGUUGACCAGUCUGUCGUCGAUAAAGUGCUGCGAGGGCCGUACUUCGUGCAUGACGUGCCCAAAACCACUGGCCGAGAGACGUUCGGGGACCGGACGGCGGAAGAUAUCUGCGAUGAGAUGCUAGCCCGCGGAGCUACCCCAGAGGACUGUGUCGCCACCAUAACUCGCAUCACAGCCCAGUCGCUCGCCGAUGCCUACGAACGCUGGGGUCCUCCAGGGGGCGUAGACGAGAUCUACAUGGGCGGCGGCGGAUCCCAUAACCCUAACAUCAUCAACUACCUGCAGCAGCGCCGGCCCAACACUCGCAUAAUCCCGAUUUCGGAGAUUUCAAUCCCCGUUGGCGCAAAGGAAGCUCUUGGAUUUGCGCUCCUGACGCUGGAGUGUUUUGUUGGACGACCUAUGAUUGUCCCCAAGAGGACCGAGUCGGACCGUGCAGGAGUGGUAGGCCAGAUCCAGCCGGGCAAGAACAUGCACCGUAUCCGACGGCAUGUUGUCCAGUUUUGGGGAGACUUCCCGGAGGAGCAAGUGAAGAGCACAACAAAGAUGAUUCUUCUCCCUUCUCAGUGCGACAUGUAG